AUGGAUGGAGAAAGUGCGUGGUCGGAGGCCAGCGGCCAAGCCAAGAUAUCCCCUCUCCUCAGUUUCUACCGAUUGUUGCUGGAUGUCAUGCUCUGUGCUCUGAGGAGCAGCUUGGACCUUUGUCUGGUGCUUCUGCGUCACCAACACGAGAGGCGGAAAAGAUCUCGGGAAUGGAUUGCCUCCUACCGCAAGGUUCUCCGCAGCAAGGGGAGAAGACGUCCCCGUUACGCUGCCAGGUUUCCCCGGAAACGCCUGGUCAGGCCGCACUGGUAUGCCCUUGCUGAAGUGGGUAACCCCCGUCGCUGGUGGGUGUACCCCUGCCGCAAGCACUGGUGGGAGAAGUUUGUCGCGGAAGUCUGGGAUGCCGAUAGGUGGAUCGAGAACUUCCGCAUGAGCCGAGGGACGCUGUUCAGCAUCGUGGAGGUCCUCAGGCCGCGGAUCGAGCGCCAGCGCACGGUCAUGAGGGCACCGAUAGCGACGGAGAAGAGGGUCGCAAUCACGGUGUGGUGGCUCGCCAACAAGGAGUGCUACCGCAUUGUGGGCCAGCAGUUUGGUGUUGCCCGGUCUACUGUGGCGGAGAUAGUCUUGGAGGUGUGCUUCGCGAUAGAUGUUGACCUCCUUCGUAAGACUGUGUGCCUUGGUGAGGUGGAUAAGAUCAUGGACGGCUUCGGACACCUGGGCUUUCCGCACUGCAUCGGGGCGCUCGGCGAGACCCUCAUCCCCAUCAGAGCCCCGCUUCGACAGGCCGAAGAGUACAGGAAGCAGCUUUGCUCCGUCCUCCUUCAGGGGAUAACGGACCACACCGGUCGCUUCAUCGACGUGGAGGUUGGAUGGAGCAGCCUUAAUCACGAUGCCCACAUCUUCAGGAACUCCUCCGUCUGCGCAGCUAUGGAUGCUGGAGCUUUCGUGCCCGGGAAUCCGACAAUCGCCAUUGGGGGCGUGCAAGUUCCGCCUUUGAUUGUGACCAGGGGGUGCUAUCCGAUGCGGCGCUGGCUUAUGAAGCCCUACAGGGACCCUGACGACAGCCGUCGGUCCCUCUUCGAUGACCGCCUCGGCAAGGCCCACAGUGUGGUUGAGUGUGCCUUCCGGCGACUCAGGGCCCGCUGGCGGUGCAUGACGGUGCUCCCUGUGACUGAGGAGAAUGCCACAGCGGUGGUGAUGGCCUGUGUGAUCCUGCACAACAUCUGUGAGGAGAGAGGGCACGUUGUCCAAGGAGACUUGUGCGAGACACAGGCUGUGCUUUCCCCAGCAGACGAAGGAACAUAUCAGUGCAGUGACGACGACUGCUGUUCUGCAGCAGGGAACAGCGUGCGGGACGCCAUCUCCACAUUCAUGCAGACGCCUCAGACUGGGCCGUGAGCUCCAGACACUCCUUUGUGUUCAUAUCAGGCCUCCGUAUGAUGACAUAGCAUUUGGAAAGGAAGACAAAGACCAGUAAGCCAGCACCAGAGGCCAAAAUGGAGAAGACCUGCACAGCUGCCAUAUAUUUCCUUUUGUGCUGAGGUAGGUUGGGCACAAAGGACACCCAGAGGCUGCAGCAGAAGACCAGCAUGCUGAAGGAGAUCAGCUUGACUUCACUGACAGAUCCAGGCAGCUUCCUGGCCAGGAAAGCCCACUGUGAAGGAGGUGGCAGCCAGGAAGCCCAUGCGUCCCAAGUGCCAUGCAGAACAUGGCAACAGACCCUUCAUUGCACUGCAGUAUGAUCUGUCCAGGCUGGGAAGAUAAGUCAGAGACUGGAAAGCAGAGUGGAGAUUAGCAGCCAGAUAGUGCAAAUGGAGGCGUGAAGGCCAAAACAGGAAACGACAGUUCAGUUUGCCAACCUCUUCCCCAGCCAUUUCUUCAUCGUGUUCCCUGGCUUUAUUGGCCAUGAUGGCUUUGGCCAAAAGAGAAGAGGUAUCAUUUUUUAAUUUUCUGCUUGCCCAUUGUUGGUGGGCAAGGUUUAUUAGUUUUUUUA